AAAAAAGGAGAAGUAAAAUCCGGCAGCUUUAUUUGACAAGGAACACAUGCUUUCAGUGUUUUGAUUCCCUUGUCUAUUUCACAAUGUUCUCAGCAAAGACUUUCCUGGCUAUUUUUACGGUGUUUGCGUCAAGUCUGCCAUAUGGUUCUUCUGCAAAUGAUACAAACUGCACUGGCAUAAACGAUUUUCAGAAAUGCAGCUCAGUAAGUAAAGAUUUUUGUCCAUCAGGUAUAAGUUGUCUCUGCAAGAAUCAGAACCCAUUCUGUAGCUGUCCAAACUAUAAAGAUGGCUGGAUUGAUUACUGGUACAUGGGUUCCCGAUGCGAACAACUAUGGAGCACCAUCGAUCUUAUCUUAAUUGCCACACUCCCUGCAAUUGCUUUGACAAUGCUAGUUGCAGUCAUAAUGCAAAUAGUCAACUGCUGCAGUCAGCCAAAGGCACCCAAGACCACACAGUCACAAAAACAAACAUCCAAUCAAAGAAGAAAGGAGUCUGAGAAAAACGAACAGGAUAACUAUGCAUUUAUGUCUGAAAUGAGUCAGAAAGUCCCCAAUGUAUCCCAGCAUGCAACCCAGGUGGCAGUAGAACCAAGUUAUCCAUACACUCCAAGGUUACAAUCACCAAACUUGAAACAGCCAAAUUUUCAACCCGAGCAAUUUGCUGCACACCAUAAUUCUUACAGUCCUAUGCCCAUGCAACAGUAUUCAAACAUGGGGCCCAGUUACAACCAGCCUAGUAGUCCAGUCUCUCAUUAUUCACCACACAGACAAAGUCAGAAGCCCAGGUAUGAGAGAGAUUAUGACGAAGAUGACUAUACCGAUCGUAUUUCUGCAGUGCCUAUGAAGCCAAUUCCGAAAUCUGCUGUACCAGUAUUUCCCCAGAUUGACCGAAGGCAAUCACAGUAUGGUGCCUCUAACAAUUUCCAAGAAGAACGACCAUAUGAGAUAGGACGUGCACGAAUUCAGCAGCAUUACUAAGCACUGUCACUGAAGCAAAGUACUCAACAGAAGGGACACAGUAGUUUAACAUUAUAAUAAAAAUGUUAUAGUGAUUUAUUUCAGUUUCUGAACAGCACUGCAAAAAAAAAAACAUGCCUAGGUGGAGCCAGUGUUGUUUUUACUUGAAAAAAUAUUCAAUAAAUGAUUACUAAAGAAAGGAAAA